AGGGGGGGAGAGAGAGAUACGCGAGAACAUGAAGAAGAAGAGCGGGAGAGAGUGUGAAAAUGUGUGCGUGUCUAUGAUGCAUAAGAGAGAAUAAAAAAAGAGGGAAAGAAAACGGUGAGAGCUGGCAAGCAGGCGGGCAGAUAGACAGACUUGCCCUGUUCUUAACUCACAAUACUGCGAUCUCGUGUCUGCCUUUCAGCUGCUGUCGACUAGCUCACUCGACAGUCGAGAUCAGUAGAGAUUCGAAACACAUCAGAAAGGAGCACACGGCGCUGCACAGCGGAUUAGAGCACGGAGAACCAUAAGAGAAGAGCUUUCGUUGGAUUCCGGAACGUUGAAUGGCUGAAGCAGCUAUGCGCUACGCUGCCGUAGGGCCUCUAGCUAGCUAGUUUCGACUUCUAAACGUCUCGAGCCGUGGGUAAAACCUCGGGGACGAGCGUGAUUGCUCCGUGAAGAUGACCAUAAUAGUUUUUCUAAUCGACACGUCGGCCUCCAUGAAUCAGAGGGCCUAUUUGGGCGGGCGCCCUACGCUUUUGGAUGUAGCCAAAAGUGCUGUGGAGACUUUUGUAAAGGUGCGACAACGAUCGCCAGAAAGUCGCGGGGAUCGGUACAUGCUGCUUACAUUCGAAGAUCCGCCCCAUAAUAUUAAGGCUGGGUGGAAAGAAAAUUUGGCAACGUUUAUGAAUGAGCUUAAAAAUCUACAGUGCGUUGGAUUGACAACACUAGGUGCAGCAUUGAAGCAUGCACUGGAUGUCUUGAACAUAAAUCGUAUGCAAACAGGCAUAGAUACAUAUGGCCAGGGCAGAUGUCCAUUUUAUUUAGAACCAUCUGUCAUUGUGGUUAUUACCGAUGGGGGAAAAUAUACAACUAAUAGUGGAGUUCAUCAAGAUUUCACAUUGCCAAUGCACUCUCCGAUUCCUGGGUCUGAAUUGACUAAAGAGCCGUUUAGAUGGGAUCAACGAUUGUUUUCAUUGGUAUUAAGACUUUCUGGUACGCCUGCAAUAGAGAGAGAUACUGGUUUGGUUGCAAGCGAUGCGUCACCAAUCGAUGCUAUGUGUGAAGUUACUGGAGGUCGGUCGUAUUGUAUAACGUCUCACAGGAUGAUGAUGCAGUGUAUAGACUCCCUGGUUCAAAAAGUACAGUCCGGAGUAGUAAUUAAUUUCGAAAAAAUUGGUCCGGAUCCUUCACCAUUAGCAAACGAGGCGCAAUAUCAAGAAGAUGAUGAGAAUGAAGAUGAAAAUAAUGCGAGUAAUGGUCUCCGCAAUCAAUAUCCUCUUAAUCCUAUGGCUCCUGGCAAUACUGCAUGGCACUCAUGCAGGAGACUUAUCUACGUGCCUAGGUCAGCGCAGAAAGGAUUCGCUGUUGGUUUCUGGCCGAUUCCUGAAAGUUUUUGGCCCGAUUUGAGUGCGAGUUCCCUACCGCCACGAUCGGCUCAUCCAAAUGUUAAGUUUACUUGUACCAGUCAAGAACCAAUGGUCAUCGAAAACCUACCGUUUGACAAGUAUGAAUUAGAACCAAGUCCAUUGACGCAAUAUAUACUCGCAAGGAAACAGCCGACGAUUUGCUGGCAAGUGUUCGUCGCCAAUUCUUACAAAUCCAGCGAAGUUGGACAUCCCUUUGGCUAUCUGAAAGCAAGCACGAAUUUGACCUGCGUCAAUUUGUUUGUCAUGCCAUACAAUUAUCCUGUUUUAUUGCCGUUAUUAGAAGAACUCUUCAAGGUACACCGGUUGAAACCAACUAACGAAUGGAGAACGCAAUUUCAAAACUAUAUGCGAACAAUGCCUACUUAUUAUGCAGCGUCAUUGAGACGUGCGCUAACGAGAAUGGGUGCACCCACACCACUCGCUCAGACAUUAAUUCCUGACAACAUGGAUAACUCGCUGUCAUACAGUGUUUUAAAUUACCUAAAGCGAUUAAAAAAUCAGGCAAAGAUAGAAUUUGAUCGGUUGUGCAACGAAGUUAUCUCAAAGCAAGUCGCCAAUGCUAAUAUGAACAAAAGUUUGGCAAAUGGUAACUCAAAUACUGUAACUGAAGGCGUUCGAGUUAUUCCUAGAACACCUCUGAAGAAAGAUUUGGUGUCGCAUCCACUGUUACAAGACAAAUUUACGGGACUUCGAGACCAGCUUAAUGAAUUUGGUGGAUUUGUCGUUGGAUUAGUAAGAAAUCAACAACAGCAGCGUGGAGCCCAAAGUUAUAGAAAUGCUUUUGACGUACCAAGAAAGUCCCUUCUAGACCAAGUGGUUCGAAUGCGUGCUAAUUUUCUACAACCUGGAUUGUUGCAUACAAAAUUGCUUGAUGACGAUUACGUUCAUUCGAUGCCGGUGGCCCAGAUGGGAAAUUAUCAAGAAUAUCUCAAACGCAUGACCCCUCCCUUGAGAGAGAUUGAAAGUGUACCUGUCAGACAACACAUGUUCGGUAAUCCUUUCAAGAUCGAUAAAAGAAUGAUGGUGGAUGAGGCGGACAUAGAUAUGGCGGGACCAACCUCUACUUCAAAAGGGGGUGGUAUCAAACGCACGUUACCACCUUCUGACAAUGGAGGUCCACUUGCAUCAAGGCCCCCACCAAACAAAAGAAAGCCAGGACCAAUUCCUAAAGACGUUGUCGUUCGACGGCCUUCAUACUCCCCCGCCAAUACACCGCCAGUUUCUCCAAUACCAUGGAUGAAUGAAACGAAGAAUCAGGUCGUUCCAACUGGCAAUUCGAACGUUCUAUCAAGUUUAAGCGGCAUUCCCGUUCUAACGAGCACAGUGCUUACAAAUCUGCCAGAAAAGUUAGUGAAUGGUCUCGCGGAUAUUCCGAUGAUACCGGUAUUUGAACCUAUUCCAGUGGACCCGGUUGUUAAUAAUCGUUCGGAUAUACCACCAGCGUUAACACCAGUGGUAGUGAAUAAUAUUGAAACUCCAAAAAGUGAAACAAAAAUUGAACGGUUAGAUCACUUGAAAUUGGAGUGUAACCGAUUAACACCCAAUGAUUGUACUGAAAAUCAAAAUAGUGUUAAAGUCGAAAGUGCUGUCGAUGAAAGAUUGGCCAAUCAUGUUGAGGAAAAACACGAGCCUAAGACGGAAAAGCCAAUACCGUUGUCCAAGAAGGAAUUGGACGACAUUAGAAGGCACAAUUUGUCUGUUAGAGAACUUGUGUAUAAGGAAGUACGGAGACGGGGAACAAAUUAUGCCACGUUAUUUUCACAUUUGCACCAAAUUCAAGGUACUUUAGACAUACGACUUGCGUUUCUGCGUGAUGUCGUGAAAGAAUCAAUGCGAUUCAAGCGGCGUAACCUUGCGACACUUUUAGAAGAUUAUCUGAAGACCGUACAAGAAGAUGGAUGGAUAGUUAAUCACAAGAUGAACCACAAUGGUACCACGAAAAUAAGUUAAGGUUUUUCACGAUUCAGACAGAGCAUUAUUUUACUCAAAUAUGAAACACUGAAAGUUUCAUGGAAUAACUUUUGCAGAAAUGCGUAGGAUAUGAUUGAAUUAUCCGCGAGAAGAAGGUUUAGGCCCUUGAGAGAACAUGCAUAGUGAGGUCUAAUGAUAUCUGUUGUAAAGAACUGUAUAUGGCCAUUUUAUUGUUUUUAUAAAUAUCAGUCGCGAUGUCAAUCAAUGACGUGACAUUUCUACGCGUGUUAAACAAACUUUUCAUUUCAUGGGUGUGCGGUUGGUAGAAAAGAUAUUUAAUGACUUUCAAUGUAAAUUCACACUGUGACAAUAAUGAACAUUUCAAUGACUUUUGUUCAAUAAAAAUCUUUCUAUAAUUAUGCAUAGAUUAGCUUAUUGGCAUUUAAUGAAUUGCUACUUAUACUGAACAUUUCUUAUAAUCUGUUUCUAUUAUAUCAGAGAAGAAUACAAUUUCGUUAAAUAUUGGUAUACUUAUAUGAUUCGUACUUACUGCAGCUUGUGCGCCAUUUAAUACAUAGCCUUAUAGUAGAGAAAGUUCAUAGAAAACAUCUGCUGUUCUACCAACCAUAACACUUGGAAGGGUCCAUAUCAAAACUAAGGAAGGAUAUCAUUGUUAAACCCACGAAUUAUAUUUUCUCUAAUCAAUACCUUUUGUAAUAUUUAGGUCACAAUUUUUGCAUCGUUUGAACUAUAAAUAAAUUUAAAGUUUCGUUGCUUUAAGGAAUUGUAA